AUCAUGACGGCUGCGGUCUCUAAUGGCUGAACAACAACAACUGUCGGCGAGUGACAAACUUUCGCAAACUUCUUCGGAGACAAAAGAAAGUUGGAUAUAGCGCAUUGUUUCGGUUGUAUUACAGUAUAGGGACGUUUGUCUGUUUUACUUAUCAUUACAAAUGUGGAAUUACUGAUGGAUUCCAGAUAUGACAUACCGCGGAGGGCCGCCGGUGGCGGCGGGGGCUCCGCGAACUCGUCCCCCGCUCUGGGGGCCCAGUCGCGCCGCAGGAAGAUGCCUCCCAGACCCGCUGAUUUCAAACUUCAAAUUAUCAUUAUUGGCUCCCGGGGUGUUGGUAAAACCAGUAUCAUGGAGAGAUUCACCGAUGACACUUUCUGCGAAGCUUGCAAGUCGACCGUAGGAGUUGACUUCAAAAUCAAGACAGUAGAGCUGAGAGGAAAGAAGAUCAGACUACAGAUAUGGGACACUGCUGGCCAGGAGAGAUUCAACAGCAUCACAUCAGCCUACUACAGAGGCGCCAAGGGAAUAGUGCUAGUGUAUGACAUCACAAAGCAGGAGACCUUUGACGAUCUGCCCAAAUGGAUGAAAAUGAUAGACAAGUACGCCUCAGAGGAAGCAGAGCUUCUGCUGGUCGGAAACAAGCUGGACUGUGAGUCUGAUCGUGUCAUCUCCAGACAGCAGGGAGAGAGGUUUUCUUCUCGAAUAAGUGGAAUGCGCUUCUGCGAAGCUAGUGCCAAGGAUAACUUUAACGUCGAUGAGAUCUUCCUGAAGCUUGUGGAUGACAUUCUUAGCAAGAUGCCUCUGGAAGUUCCCAACAAUGAGCUUUCCAACAGCGUCCUGUCUCUGCAGCCUGAACCGGAAGUGCCUCCGGAGUUGCCGCCUCCCCGCAUGCGCUGUUGUUGAGAGUCAGAGUGGUCCCCCAUCCUAAACACACACACACACACACACACACACACACACACACACACACACACGGACACGGACACGGACACAGACACACAUGCACACAGACACACACACUCAUGCAGAGUACCAAUCUGGCCACCAGGGGGCAGCAAACAGCAGCAGUUUGGAAUUACUGACUGCUGAUGUAAGAUGCAUGGACUCUCUCAACAACCAGUAUUAUCUUCCCCUGUCUCUUCUCCUGUUUCAUAACUGUACACUAUGACAUGAACUACACUAACACUUAGGCCUGGUGAAUCUCCCACUUUCUACCACCCCUUCUGUCUACACUUGACCCAGACUACCUCAUUCCUUGGACCGUUAGGCUAGCGGUGCCCCACAGGUGCCUUUGAGGUAGAGAGCCCUCUGGUAGCAGUUGCACAUUUCACAUGGAGGGUGAUUACUGAGGGCCUUACAGCUUCCUGUUUUCUUUUAAAGAGUAGUCAUCACACAUACUGUACACUAAGUUUGACAUUGUCUGAGGGUCUGGUAUCUCUGCGUUCUCUAGCUUACAGAAAAGGGAUAACAAUAUCUUACGUCUCUUCGACUUAGUUAAAAUUCUGGAUCUAGGUACAGUAGUUUUAUAUUAAUAGAUAUUAUUACCAAGUGACGAGUUGACUUGAGGUAAACAAAAGCACAUGGUGUAAAUAUGGUGUGCUGCUGUAAUGACUGGACAAGGUGCAGGGUUUUUGCGGCUGGCAGUAGGUGGUUGCGUGGUGGUGGAUCAUAUCAGUUUUUAUUCCUUUGCCUUAAAGUGUUAAAGCGUUUGGAACGGCUCGUUUCACGUUUGUAUAAAUUGUAAUGUUUUGCACUACAAUCCAUCUUACCUAGUUAAGCUGACAUGCAGAAAACAGAAAGUACACGACUUGUAGUUUAGCGAGGAUCGAUGUUGCCUCGGUAGUGGCCGCUCUAAACUCCUCCACAAGUGGGAAGGAGAUGCAAGGAAAGAUGGGUAAUGUAGUCUUUGAGGGAUUGGUGUUUUCACAGGGGCAUUCUCCAUGUGUGUUACUGGCUUUUUAAAGGAAGUAGAGACAGUGAGUAGCUAGUGCACACACACACACACAUGGUUUUAGCCCUUGUUUUUGUUACUAAUAUUGCAAAGUGUUUUUUGUUUUUCCUCUGAAUUCAGAUACAGCUUAGAGAA